UCUCUUUCCCUGCUGUUUGAAUCCCUUGAUCCGUUGUGGCUUAGUCUCUCUCUAGAGUCACAGAAAACCCCUUGACCUCUCCUCCACGUGACAUCCUUUCACAUCUUUCCACCUGGCUGUGAUGCCCCCUCUUGACACAUCUCUAUCCCACACCAUGUCUUCCAGCUCUACAAUACCUUCCCUGUUCUGAUUGACUUGAUCCCAGGACCCUUUCAACGCAUGGUACAACACUGCGCCAAAUGCAGAGAAAUUGUUUUAGAGGAAGCCGAGGAACACAGGGCUACUUUGGACCCCAACUCACCUCGAGAUUUCAUUGACUGCUUCUUUAUCAGAAUGGACCAGGAGAAGCACAAUGAGCCCUUUGAGCUCACCAUGGAGAACAUGGUCAUCUGCAGCCUGGAAUUGUUUGGUGCAGGAACUGAAACGAGCAGCAUGACAAUCCGAUAUGGGCUCUUGAUCCUCCAGAAGUACCCAGAGAUAGAAGAGAAAGUGCAGGAAGAGAUUGACCGGGUGGUUGGCCGCUCCCGAAUGCCCAGCAUGGCUGACCGUGGACAGAUGCCUUAUACCGAUGCCGUCAUCCAUGAGAUCCAGAGGUUCGUCUCUCUUUCUCCAAUGUCCGUGCCACAUUCCGUGGUCAAAGACACGUCAUUCAGAGGAUACGUCAUUCCAAAAGGCACCACCAUCAUGCCUGUUCUGACCUCGGUGCUGCACGACGGCAAGGAAUUUCCCAACCCCACCGAGUUUGACCCAAGACAUUUCCUGAACAAGGACGGGACCUUCAGGAAGAGCAACUACUUCAUGCCCUUCUCAGCAGGCAAACGGGUCUGCGCAGGAGAAGGCCUGGCCCGCAUGGAGCUCUUUUUGUUCUUCACCUCCAUCCUCCAGAAUUUCAAGCUGAAGUCCCUCACGGACCCCCAGGACAUCGACAUCUCCCCCUUGGAAGGGGGAAUGAACAAUUUCCCUCGGCCGUACAAGUUCUGUGUUAUCCCACGCUGAAAAUCACACAUCUGGAGAACAGAAGCCCUGGCAUAGUCCAGGGUGACCAGACAAGCUCUAAUGGGUCUCCUCCAAAUCUGCACCCGUGGGAGGAUUUAACUUGCUUGUUAUUAAAUGUUCUUUGACCCCCA